AUGGCACAGAAGAACGAAGCGAGCAGAUCGGCAAUGACGUCGCAACUAUCGUCCCACGGUCGCGGCGGUGCCGGCAACAUGCUCAGUGCCUCACAAUCACCAAAACUCAACCCUUCAGACCUCGAAACCCCAGUGCUAAAGAAGCCAGUAGUCACCACCGGUCGUGGUGGCACUGGAAACAUGGCCAAAAACGACGACCCCCGCGAGACCCGCUUGCGACAGGAUGUUGAAGCAGUUCCGAGACGAUACAGUUCUGGUGCCCAACACUCCGGUCGCGGUGGUGCCGGCAACGUAUUUCGCGAAAACGAAGACAUGGCUGAACUGGCUCGGAAGGGUAGCCGCGAGCAGGCAGUGGCAGAGGAUGCCCCAGACCAGAACACAACCUCGAGCCCAGAGCCAGAUGCAACUGCAGCUAAGCGCAAGAACUGGCUCUUUGGGAAAAGGCCUUAG